ACCACUGUCUCGUGGUCCCGUGGUCAGCGGGAACUCUGUAUAUGUGAGGAUGGAUGAGAGUACAUUUGAGAUGUUUGAAGAAGAGCUCAGGUCACCAGCGCAGCAGGAAUCUGCACAAAAACCCAUCAGACAUGUUCGACGUGCAGACACCCAGAGCCUAAAGAGAACGAUAGAGAACCUACCCAGUCCGCAGCCAGCCCCCAAAGUGACCCAGAAGGAAAUGUCGCGUGGACUAUCGUUGCGUCGUGCAUUGUCUAUCCCGAGCUUAAGCCAAAUCGAGGCCCCGUGGAAAAACAUCACACUGAACCGCUGUCUGAUUCUGGCCAUCACCAUAGUACUGAUCGGCUCCAGCUGCCAGAGGCUGCAUGAGGUUUUGCAGGCAUGGAGACAUAAGGAUAGCCCAGAGGUCUCAGAUCCACAUACUCUCUACCUGAGACAUGUCAGUCUGAAGAAGGAAGUCUCACUGCAGCAGGCCGAGAGCUCACUAUGGGACAACUGGUUCUGGGACUGGAUACUGGAUGAUGGAGAUGAGGAUGAGGAAGAGAACUUGAAAGGAAGGUCAAAGGUGAAGGGCAAUCAAAGAAGGGGUGGCCGUGGAGGUGUCGGACAGCCCAAACACAAGAAAGCCACGGAGAAGGUCGUCAGGGUACAAGAGGGGAAAGCGGGUGACAAGAGAGAGCGGAGGAAGAAAGACAGGCAUGAGAAGGGGGAAUCACUUAGAGGAGUGGCCAAGGGGCAUAGGAACAGGGAGAAAGUGAGGGGGCGAGGGUUUGAGGAUAAAGCAGAAGAGAGAGCCAAAGGAAAGAGGCAUCAGGCAGAAGGACACAAACAGGUAAAACGACAGCAGGAAACAGCUGAGAUAAAGAGGGCUGGAAUCAGAACCCACAGGCACAGUAUGUAAGGAGAAACCUUAGUGGGGUUUCUAUGACGGUGUAUAUAUCCAGAGGCUUAUACAAAACAGGUUUGAGUUCCAUCAGUAAUAUCAGAUAAAGCAACGUGUUCAACAUACUCGUAUCCCAAGUAUGAAGUCUUGCUAACAGAUGCUAAGCUCAAAUUCUGACUGUCGCUCCCUCUGUGAUUUCUUAGGCAUUCAAGAAAGCAACAUGUAAUUUCUGUACCACGCGUAAACUGCUAUUUUUUAGAAACUGCCUGCAUGGUUUAAAGAACAAAACAGUGAAACAAGACUGUAACAAAAUGAUUCCAUAAGUGACCUUGUGUCAGACCCACGUUGGGGCAUCAUUUCACAAAACAACUCAAGCCAGUAUGUGAUAUUAGUGACACUGUGAUCACUCACUUAUUGAAGCCGUAAAAUGGAGAGACGGACAUCUGGAAUCCUGCUGAUUUGAAUUGCAUGUUUUGUGCGCAAAAUAUAUCAUAGGAGAAAUAAACCAGCAUGGUUUCAAGCUUU